UUUAAUUUUCAUUCCGUUUUGCCAUUUUAACAACAGUUUAAUAAUGAGUAAUAAGUUGGCCUAUUAGAUCGUGUUUUAAUUUUUUUCCGCUUAAGUUUAAAUAGGAUAUUUUUUGUUAUUAGUUUAUUAAUUGUGGUGUUAUGGUAGUGUUUUAAACACGCUUUGAAUGUAUGUGAAUUUAGAAAGAAAUAUUUGGAGUAAGGGAUAAGUAGAGUUAAUUUAUUCAUCAUGUAUCCGAGAAAACACGUAAGAAGAUGCGCCCUGUUUUGUGGUUUUUCAGCCCUACUCGUCGUAUUGGGAAUCGUGAUUAUCUGUUUUAGAACGUUUAUUUAUAAGUCGAUUUUAAGUAAAAUUUUCGUGUUGAAUCCGGGCAGUUAUAUUUAUGAUGUCUGGAGGAAGAAUCCCAUUCCUAUGAGCCUGGAUUUGUAUCUUUUUAACUGGACCAAUCCAGAAGAUGUUUUAAAUGGAACAUCUAAACCAAUUUUACAAGAACUAGGCCCUUACUCCUUCGAUGAAACCAAAGAAAAAGUCAAUUUAACAUGGAACUCAAAUAACACUGUCUCCUUCUACCAUUUGAAGAAGUGGUGGUUUAACUCAGAAAGAAGCAACGGCACUCUGCAUGAUCCAGUGACGUCCGUUAACCCUAUUGCUUUGUCCACUGCUCUGGCAGCAAAAUCCUGGCACGCAGUAAUCAAGAGAGGCAUCAAUAUAUUUUUUCGAUCACUAGAUGUUAAUGUCUAUGGCACCCAUACAGCAGGAGAAUGUUUGUUUGAUGGAUACAAGGAUCCGUUGCUUAGUAUGGCUAACCAUCUACCUGUUCAGUUGAGCAAUGCGCCCAAUUAUGAUAAAUUUGGGUGGUUUUAUACAAGAAACAACUCAGAAAAAUUCGAAGGCCAAUUUAACAUGGACACUGGACACACGGGCCAACUGGGAGAACUAUACUCCUGGAAGUUUAUGAACCAAACCCCAUAUUUCUCAAAUAAAUGUGGAAAAGUGGGUGGAUCGGCGGGUGAAUUCUUCCCAUCCGACCUAAGAAAGGAAAGUCUAAUAAAAUUCUUUUCUGCUGACUUAUGCAGAUUCGUUCAGUUAGAAUUUGAAAAGGAAGUCAUUGUCAGUGGAGUUGUGGGGUAUAAAUAUACUGCUCAGGACAGAUUUCUGGAUAAUGGUACAAAAAUUCCGGAAAACAAAUGUUUUUGUGGUAAUGAACAAUGUCAGCCAUAUGGCGUUUUGGAUAUCUCAGCGUGCAGAUAUGGCUCUCCAGCGUAUGUUUCACUACCUCAUUUUAAUAAGGCUGAUCCGUACUAUACCAGUUUGUUAGAGGGUGUGAAGCCAGUAAAAGAUAGGCAUGAUUUCUUUAUGAUUUUUGAGCCGAAAACUGGUUUGCCUUUGCAAGUGUCUGCACGUCUGCAAGUGAAUCUUCUUAUGCAAUCGGUGCCAGGUGUUGGCGUAUUCUCCAAAGUACCAAGAGUCUACAUGCCAAUCCUUUGGUUUGAACAAAACGUACUCAUUCCUGAGGACUUGAUCUUCUACCUCAGAAUCCUCAGCAAUUUUGAAAAUAUUUGCCUGGCAGUCGGCAUAAUUUGCAUCCUCUCAUCUAUACUGUUGGAAAGUUGUUACUGUUACAGAAUAUGUACUACAAAAGUAAUUAAUAGGAAGCAACAUGUGAUAACCAGAGGGGAUCCUAUCGAGGAGAUUCCUUUGAAGCAUAAAGAGAAAAAUGGAUUUUUGACAAAAACAAAAAAUGGUUGUCUUAGACAGUGCGGUGAAGUAAGCAUGCUAAUAUGCGGCAUAUGCCUUACUGCCAUGGGACUGGGAAUAUUUUUAUUUUUGGAGAAUAUCUAUGACCUAAUUAUAAAUGACGCCUUGAAAUUUACAAACAACUCGGAGGCAUUUAAGGCGUGGAAAAGCAGUGAUCCUCCGUUGGACUUGGACCUUUAUUUAUUUAAUUGGACCAACGUUGAUAAAGUAUUGGAUCCGAAUGUAAAGCCUCAUUUUGAAGAAUGUGGGCCAUACAGGGUGAAAGAAGUAACAGAAAAAACCAAUUUAAUAUGGAACAGCAAUAACACCAUAACAUACCAAAAAAAGAAAAUUUACUUUUACGACGACGACUACAGCCCCAAGAAGCUCAAUGAGGUCAUCAAAACCAUCAAUCCAGUAGCAUUAACAGUAGCGUAUAAAGCAAGAGAACUAUGGGCCGGUGCAAAACUAACAGUAUCCUUUAUGCUGGCGGCAAAGUUGGGUACAGAUAUAAGUAUAACCACCACAGCAAGAAAAAUUAUCCUUGACGGCUAUGAAGAUAAAAUUCUCGAUUCUCUAAGCUCGAUUCCUGUCAUUAAUAUUAACAAAAAGUUUGGAUAUUUUCAUGGGAGAAACAACACAGUAGCAAAAGGUACUUACAGUAUGUACACGAAAAACGAUGAAAAUUUUGGAAAGCAAAUGGAGUGGGACUACAAAAACACCACAAACUUCUAUGAAGGCCGUUGCAACGAGAUCAAAGGUUCCGCCACCGAGUUUUAUCCUUUGAACAUAAAGAAAUCGGAAAAGUUGGUGUUUUAUUCGCCUGAGUUGUGCAAAUAUGCCGAAUUGGAGUUUGUGAGGGAAGAAACGAUUAAAGGAGUACUAGGGUAUAGAUUUAGUGCUAAUAAUAUUUUUGAUAAUGGUACUCUUUAUCCAGAAAACCGCUGCUUUUGUGGCGAACAUUGUUACCCUUCUGGUGUACUUGACGUCUCAAAAUGCAGGGAUAACUCACCAACUUUUCUCUCGUUUCCACACUUUUACGCAGCAGAUCCUUACUACACAAAUCUUAUCAGUGGAAUGAAACCUGAUGCAAAGAAACACGAGUUCUAUCUUAUCAUUGAACCAAAAACAGGUAUAAUAAUGAAUCUUCAAGCCAACAUGCAGGUGAACAUGCUUCUUCAGCCGAUAAAUAGAAUUCGGCUGUUCAGUAAAGUUCCCAAGAUAUUCGUUCCGAUGUUCUACUUUUCCCAAUUUGUAGACCUGGAUGACAAUUUGGCCGCCAACCUGAAGUUACUUCAAAGGUUGCCAGACUUAUUGAAUUAUGUUUCCCUAAUUUGCAUUGGUUUAGGGCUAAUAGUAAUUGUAUGGGGGGCGUGUGUAAUUUUUAAAGUCUGUAAGCCCAAAGCCCCUAAGCAGAAAAGCUUUGAGGAAGAGUUUAUGGAGGAGAUUCCUAUUAAUGAGAAAAAUGUUAAAAUAUGUCGAUAGGAAAUUUGUAUGAUAUGUAAAGUAAUUAUUUUUAAAUAGAUUUUUAGAUUUU